AUGGCAGCGGUCAGGGAUUUGCCAUUCCUGGCCUUCGAGAGGCACAACCUGACAUUCUAUAAUGACCUCUCAAAACCCACCAUGCAAUGGAGGCAAACACUGCGCCCUAUCACCAGCGUGCUGAGGCGGAAGAAGAUCCCGUACCGCUGGGGCACUCCACGCUCCCUUCAGAUCACCGCGGAGGGGAUAACCCAUACAAUACACUCACCAGAGGAAGGCCAAUUGUUUCUGACCCAGCAGGGCAUCAUAACACAGAGGGAAUUCAGAAGGGGCAGCCCUCGGAGAACACAAUGGGAUGUGGACAACAUCGCCCCAUUCGAACCACGGAGAGACCCCCACCUGCCUGAGGCAAGUCCAGGGGACUAA